AUGGCAACAGUUUCCAAUGGCAACGAAUACGAUUUCAUCGUCGUCGGCGGCGGCACUGCUGGUAAUGCGGUAGCCGGCCGUCUCGCCGAAAACCCAAAGGUCCGCGUCCUCGUUGUAGAAGCCGGCGCUCCCAACCCCGAUCAACUUGAAGCCAUCACCACUCCCUCACAGGCCUUUGGACUCCGAGGGAGCAAACACGACUGGGCUUACAAGUCAACCAUGAUCAAACGCGAUGAUUAUGAGCGAAUCGAAAAGCCCAACACCCGUGGCAAGGUGCUUGGUGGAAGCUCCUGCGCUAACUAUUUCACUUGGAUCCCCGGGUCUCGCGCAACGUUUGACGACUGGCAGGAGUUUGGUGGCCAGGGGUGGAACUGGGACAACUGCGUAGAUUACCUGCGCAAGUGUGCCACGUACCACGAUGACGAGAAGCUGUAUCCGGCUGAACUAAAGAAGAUUGGCACCGGCGGCCCCAUUAAUAUUGCCCAUGCCGAUCUGGUCCCGGAGAUGCAGCCUUUCCGCGAUGCCCUCACCACAGCCUGGGUCUCCAAGGGGGAGCGCCUUACCGAAGACAUUUAUGAGGGUGAGAUGCGGGGCCUUACUCACUGCUGUGACACCAUUUACGACGGCCAGCGCCAAGGAAGUUUCUUGUAUCUCAAAAACAAGCCCAACGUCACCAUUGUCUAUGGGGUUCGCUCCAAGGAGCUCAUCGUCGACCCGUCAACAAACACCUGUGUCGGAGUGACCAUCGUCAGCGAAGCCGCAGCCACUGAGAUAAGUGUCUACGCCAGCCGGGAAGUCAUUCUAUCCCAGGGAGUGUUUGAAACCCCAAAGCUUCUUAUGCUUAGUGGAGUUGGUCCAUCGGCCGAGCUGUCUCGCCAUGGCAUCACUACCAAGGUCAACUCCCCUCAUGUCGGCCAGCACCUUCUCGACCACCCUAUUGUUCCGUUUGUCCUUAAGAUCAAAGAUGGCUAUGGGCUCGAUGAUUAUAUUCUCCGAAAGGGACCUCUUAAUGACCAGGCCGUGGCUUCUUAUAAGCGUGACAAGACCGGCCCUAUCGGCUCUGGGCUGCUGGAACUCGUUGGCUUCCCUCGUAUUGAUGAGCGGCUAAACAAGCACGAAAGCUACCGCGAGGCAAAGGCUGCCAACGGAGGCCUCGACCCCUUUGGGCCUGCUGGGCAGCCUCACUUCGAGCUCGACUUUGUUGGCAUGUUUAGCACUGCCUUUCAGUGGCAUUACCCCGUCCCAGAGGAGGGCAGCUACAUGACUGUCAUUGUUGACCUUUUGCGCCCGCUUUCCGAGGGUGAGGUCACCUUGAACAGCCCGAGCGCCCUUGUCCAGCCGAACAUCAAUCUCAACUUCUUCGCUAAUGACCUGGAUAUCCUGGCUAUGCGCGAGGGCGUGCGCUGGACUUAUGAUCUCUUGACCACGGGAGAAGGGUUCAAGGACAUUGUUGUCUCAGAGUAUCCAUGGAAGAUGCCUCUUCAUUCUGAUGAGGAGAUGAAGAGAGCCGUCUUGGACAGGAGUCAGACUGGGUUCCAUCCCUGCGGAACUGCCCGUCUGUCAAAGAGCAUCCACCAGGGUGUAGUCGACCCCGAGCUCCGCGUACAUGGCGUCAAGAACCUGCGCAUCGCUGAUGCCUCCGUGAUUCCCGUUAUUCCUGAUUGCCGCAUCCAGAAUUCGGUCUACAUGAUCGGCGAGAGAGCUGCCGAUAUGAUCAAGGCCGCACACAAAGAUUUGUAUGAGGCACAGAACAUCCCCUACUUUGUCCAAAGCAGACUGUAG